AUGGCGGAAUUGGAGAUUGGACAGCACUGUGAAGUGGAGGACUGCGGGCAGCUUGGUAAGGAGCCCUUGAGCGGCAGGGCAGACCAUGGGACUCUCCGUGGCGGGGGAGGGGGAAGUGCAUCUUCAUGGUACCACUUCUGGGUCUCAGGUUUCAGCUCUGAGGGGCGAGUUGGAAUUGGACGAAGAAGCACCACCAUGGAGAUUCGAGGGUAGAGCGGCUUACUGCGCCUGCCCUUCCGGAAGUGUAGCCUAAUGUACUGUUCUGCAGCUUUUUGCUUCUAUGGGUGUGGAAGGCAAAGGGGAGGAGAUAGUGGACAGUAACCAAAUUAAGGGGCGUGGCUCUUUCCAGAAGUGGGCGUGGACUGUUGCUUGGUAGCCAGUGGUGUUUAGCCAGGACUCUGGUUAUCACUGAAGGCAAAAAGGUGUUUAUCCUGUGGCCGAUUUGCUUAGAUAGAAAAGGGCAUGCGCUAGAGCUCACGUCUGCCAGGCCAAGUGUGUGUGUAUAUGUGUAGGAGAGUAGUUAUCUUUUAUUUAAGUUUUAUUUUAUGGUCUUAUCACAAAACGUAGCUUGCACUCAAUAUAAAACCCUUUAAUCAAGAACGGCCAGUCCUAGUGCUUUAUUAAAGGAAGUUGGAGACUUACAGCAAAUCAGUCCGCCAGUUCUUCUGGCCUUUGCAGAUGCAGGACGGACUUCGCAGCAAGGAGAUGGCUAGUCCGCGCCCGAGCAAAAGUUAUACAUUCUUUAUACACAAAGCAGCAUGUGUCAUUUCGCUUGACCCAAACCUUACAGAUAGCUCCCCUUUCUGGGCUCAGAGCCCAGCACUCCAAGCCCACAGAUAAAGAUAACAGCAAAGGCAGCCAAUUAGCUUAUAUAAAAGCAAGCGAAUGUAAACAUAUAUGAGCUCAUUGCUACGACAACUUCCAGUUAACUCUGGGGUUAUCAUGACUACCAAGAUGGCAUCAGCAAAGCUUCCAGAACAGUUCAGCACAGGUGCUUCGGUUCAGCACAGGUGUUGAUUGACAUAUGAGAUUAUCUGUCUUAUUUUUGUCACUGUCUUAUUAUUGCACCUGUAAAAUAUAUAUAUAUAUAUAUAUAUAUAUAUAUAUAUAUAUAUGAAUUCAUUUAAAUCACUUCUACAAUGCUUUACAUUUCCAAAGACAGCUCUCUACAACCUCUCUUAAAAGAUCAAAUGAAAUAUUACAAAAUACCCACACACAAAAAUUACAAAUGAAAGUGAGAUACAAUAAAGAUUUGUGUUUAAAACAACACGAGUAACCUAAACAGAAAAGUAAAAAUAUCAAAAAUUCAUUUGAGUGUUAUCUUUUUCAUUUUAGAUUUUCUCCCUUUUGUCUGUGAUGGCUGCUCAGGAGUCUUCUGGUAAGAAAGAAUUUAUGCUACAAUCCUGACUCCCCAGAUAUACAACAUCCUAAUCUCUCCCUGCAGGAAUAUCCUUCCCUGCACUUUAAACUCACAUAGAUGACUUGACCCAGGCAUAAUUAUUUAUGGGUGCUGAGGGAUAGCCCUGCUGGCUUAAGUCAAAACAGCAAAAGCAGUGUCAGAGUAAAUGCCCCAAAGGGCAUGUCAAGGGUGAGAAUGGGAGUGGUGUGAGAAGAAUAGACAAAGUUGCACUGCAUCCUAACUCACUUUGUUCACUGGUCCUGCCCACAAAGCUCAGUAUAACAUAUCAAAAAAUGCAGGUGUAACUAAAUUCACCCCAUGGGAGACAAUGGAAGGUCAGAAAAUGAAAGCUUACACUGUCACCCACAAUCUGGUCUUGAUCCACUGGCCAGGAGCAGUUAGGAUGCAGGAGAUGCACUGACUUAACUGCCUUCUGGAAUAUCUGUCUGUUUAGGAUUGCUCUGCUCUUCUUAUUUGUAUAGCACCAUUGUGGCACUUAAAAGAAACAAAAGAACAGUAAUAUAUAUGAAAUAGUCCCAACCCUGAGGAAGUUAAAAUCUGUAGUUGAAUCAGAGAUGGAGAACCUGUCACCCUUGAGAUGCUGUUAGAUUCUCAGCUCCCAUCAGCCCAGCCAAAAUGACCUCUGGUCAGGGCUGGUAGAAGUUAUAAUCUAGUUAUAUCUGGAAGGCUACAAGUUCACCAUCCCUGAUUCAGACAUUUGGAUGGAUGGGCUGCGAAACAACAUAGCUAACAAAUAAACAGAGAGAAGAGAGGAAUGAGCAAAAAUAUGCUUUGUUCAAUUGAAGCUGUAGCGUUCUUGAUUAGUUUUGCUGAGAUAACUUUUCAGAAAAAAUGUGCCAAGUCUUUUUUUGUUCUCCUGUUAAUUCACAAACUAAUGAUAUGUUGGUCUUUAUUUAUUUGUAAUUUUAAGUCUUCAGCACAGAAGUCGGGCUGCUCAUGGUUGUUCUGAGGUAAGUUGAUAAUUUUUAUCAUCUGUAGCAUUCAACACCUCUGGAAUAUUUUAAUUAACAGUCCCUUAAGCUCAUUCUGAAUAAUUUUGCAAGCAAUUCUUUGUAAAUUUUCGUUCAGCAAUUCAUAUGAUCUUUUUGCCAAAUUAUGUUUUAAUUGUAUGCUUGUAGAUCACCUUGAGACUUAGGUAAAUGGAUUGGCUUAGCACAUGAUCCAAACCAGAGUUCAUGGUUUAGCUCUCCCAGAUAAACCACAAGCCAUAAUGCACAAGACAAACAUUGGUUACAACUUGUGGUUCAUCUGAAAACAGCUAACCGCAAACCCGGGUUCAGAUGGCAUGCUAAGGCAAACAUGGCUUAGCUAAGUGCAGGGCAGCACCAAAAUAACUGUGUUGGAACAAAGCAGCUGUGAUCUCUUCCAGAGUCUGCAAGCUCUCAUGUUCACGUUGACUCAUAAUAUGUCUUAGCAUGUCAUGCAAACCAGACCAUUCUCUGCCUUUUCCCCCUAGGUUGCUUAGAGAGUAUUUAUUAUUUACCUUAAUUUGUGAAUUAGUUGCUUUUAGUUGCUGUUAUUCUUUUAUGGUGUCCUUCUUCCUGCUUAUAAGUUACUGAUAAAUCAUAGGCAUAUAGUGAGCAUGAGCACUUACAUAUUUUAGAUUAAUGGCUUCUAUUAGUUUAUUAGGAGUAACUUCCUGGACAUGUUUUAUUCUACUCAAUCUCUUUCCACCUGGCAUUUGGCAAAAGUGGUCUUAUAUUAAGAACAUAAUAUCUUCUCUCUUUAUUAAGAGAGAGCUACUAAAUAGCUGUGAUGUAUGAUGGAGAAAAUGCCCAGUUAUGUUUCAAUUGAAUUCAGGAUGUGUAUUUGUAAGUAACAUGAAUUUCCUUUGAAAUUGUCUUAGGCAAAUCUAAAAAGUGGGGAGGUGAAACCAGAUCACCACAAAUCUUUCUUGUGCACAUAUAAAGGUUGUGAUGGAAAAGAACUUGUUCCUGUGUUGUGCCCUUCCUGUGGAAAGCAGUUUUGCUUUCGGUGAGCAAAUUAAUUAAUCUAAGCAACCUCACUCCUCGUUUUUCAUUAGCUUGUAGACUAACUACUGAGAGUUUCUUCAUCUAUUGUUUUCAGUCACCGCCAUGAACCGGACCAUGAAUGUGAAAAAUUGGAAAUCCCUAAACCUCGCAUGGCUGUUACCCAGCAGCUUGUUAAAGAUAUUGUAGGUAGGUACAGUAAGACUUGCUAAAAAUACAGUUUUCUGCUGCAGAAUGUAUGUGACUGUAUGUAGACUCCUCCUUUCCUGGUGUGGGGACAUAUUGAAGAAACAGGGUAGCAUUGGAGCCAGUAGAUAAAGCACCCCUGGAAUGCCCCGUUUUACUUUUAUUGCUAUUGGAACACUGACAGCACAGGUUUCUACACCCACGGUGGUAAGACUUCUUAGGGCAGGCUUCCUUUGCUCACGGACCUCCCUCUCCAUGGCCGAGGUCCCUAGGAUGUCUUUUCAGGGGCCAUAGGAUUGUGCCCUUAAUAAGGUUUCUGAUACAGAAAGAGAAUAAGAGAGGCUAAGUUUUUCAUAUUUCAUAUUGUGUCCUGGAAGUUGCAGGACCCAGCCUUACUUUCAUCUCCUUGCUACAAUUCCUAAAAGUAAUUGACUUGUCCUGUUUUUCUGUGUUCUUGAGCUAUGUCUGGGUCUACAUCCUAUGAGAGUUAAGUGGAAAUCCUAUGCAGGAAUAAGUCGUUCUGUGCUAGCAAGAUAUAAUGAAGGAGUGGAACCACUUUCAUUCCCACAAGUUCUCAACUGUAAUUGAGCAGUAAUUUUUUUAUUGCGUGAAACCAUCCCUGAGACAGGCUUGUGGGAUCAAGUUGGUUCCUUCGUAUCUGAGCUCCCCUGAACAUCUUCAGUUCUAUAUAUUGGUGUGGCCCAUUCUCAGUGACACAUGUUGAUUACUGGCAAGCAUACAGUACUCAGAGGUCGGAGAAAAGGUUCCAUCCUAUGUACUCAAACAAGAGAAGGCUGCACGUUGUUCCAGUGCACCCGUUCUGAAGAAGCUUUAACAUUCAUGCUGGUGCAUAUUUCAUUUUUAGCAAAAUGAGAGGGACUGGUGAUAGCUACUAAAAUGAGUCCAUGCAUAAAUCUCAGAUUCUAAGAAAGAAGCCACAGUGAGUAAAAGAGGCAGAGGAGCAAAGAACAGCGAAACAGCAGCAAAGGUGGCCCUAAUGAAACUGAAAAUGCAUGCAUCUGGGGAUAAGUCCUUGGUGCAGGUAAGUCACGUUCAUUUGUCUCUAAACACCAUACCUAUUUGUAGUUACUCCCAUAUUUAGUGAAGCAAAAGUGAUCUCUGUACUUCUGCUAUUGUGUUUGUUCAGGGUUUUCUAAAGUGGAAUGCAAGUGUAGGAGAGUGUUGUCUACUACACUGUCCUUGUAGAGCAAUUUAAAUAACUGCAGGACCUGAAGGAAAGAGCAAUGAAGCCCCAUUAGUAAAAUCUUCUUCCCACAGGGACUGUACAUGCAGCAACUUUGUAUAUUAAACUCUGUACAAAUGUAAAAUAUGGUAUAGGAUGGAAACACCUGGAAUUGUGGGGAGAGUGAGGUAAGUAGAUUCUAGAUUGCUGCUGGAUAGUUUUAGUGAAUUUGUAUCCUUGUCAACUGAGGUCCUCAAAACUCUCAAUGAUAUUUAACUAAUAUUUGUAUUUUAUUUUUAUUUAUCAAAUUUGCAAACCGCUCCACCCCUACCUUUUUUUUUAGUUUCAAUCUUUACUGAAAGUUCAAAAGGUACAUAACCAUACAUGUACCAACAUGGUAAGACACAAAAAGAGAGAGAGAGAGAGAGAGAGAGAAAGAACCCGUGCAGAAGGGAAAACAAAAGGGGGUGGGGACCCAAAACUGUAUAUUUUACAAGUUUGUUAUUGUACUUCACCAGAUCUUAACCUAUUACAGUAUUUGUAAGAAUGGAUUCCAAAUAUCAUUGAACUUGUCCAUGGCAAGUCUCCGUUUAUAUGCAAGUUGUUCAUGUGUUGCAAGUUUGUGUAAGUCUUCGAUCCAAUUGUAGAAGGGAGCCACAUUUUUAUUUUUCUUAUUCAUUAGUAUCAGUCUUUUUGUUAUGGUAAGGGCACGGAGAGUCCAUUUGUAUUGUCCUUUUGUGAGGUUCCAUGUGCUGGGUUCAAGAGGAUAUUUUGCUCUGUAAAUGUAAGGUCGUUCCGUACAGUUCUGUUGAUGGUUAGUUACCUUCUGCCAAAAGUCUUUCCAUAUCGGACAAUGAAAAAAACACGUUUUAGAGAAGCAUUAUCCCUAUUAACCCACCCCUAUACCUGUAGAUCUCAGGGUGGUUCACAACAUAAAAUCACAAUAUAAAAAAACAGAAAAUACAUAAUAAAAACAAAAACAUCCCAAUAACCCCCUCUUUCUACAACACAUUUUUAAAGCUAAUAAAAAUGAAAUGAAACCAUCCCAGCUAGAGCAAGAGUAGGGACCUGAUGUUUUCUUUGCCUGCCUGUCUCAUGAACAGCUGGUGGUAGUGGCAUUGGGGAGGGGACAUUCUGUGUAUGUUGUUUUUUACAAUUGGAGGAUAUGUUGUUGUUUUUUAACCUUUUCUCUCUGGUUUACCUGGCCCUGAGACUUUGUAGAGUUCCUUUCUGAGGAGUAUGUUCCUUUCUAAAGGCACAUCAAUGCCAUUUUCUAUUGCAGACAGAGAGAAUCUACUUCCAAGUGUUUUUACCUAAAGAAAGUAAGGAGAAAAGCAAACCCAUGUUCUUUAGUAGUAACUGGAGCAUUGGUAAAGUGAUAGAUUUUGCCGCUACCUUAGCAAACCUUAAGAAUGAGAACAACAAAACCACAGCUAAGGUAAAUCAACUACAGCAACUAUUUUUUAUCGUUCAAAUAUUUUUAAUUUCCUUAGAGAGCUGUGAAAUAACAACAGGGUAUCCCCCCCCCCUUUUCUCUGGAUUUUCAGAAAUUACGACUCUGCCACCCGGCAUCUGGAGAAGCUUUGCCUUUGGACCAGACACUAGCAUCUUGGAUAAGCAGCAGAGAAUCCCCACUAAAUAAUGGUGGAAAUGUGAUCUUGGAAUAUCUUGAUAAUGAAGUCCAAUUUCUAGAAAAUGCAACUUCAUAUAUAGAGUAG